GUAUGCUCAGACUUGCACGGUUGUACUGCGUAGGUUUUACAAAGUAAGCAAUAUGUGUUAAAGAUUGCAAGUUUAUAAAUAACGCUACCUGGAGUGAGGUGAAGCGGAUUGCGCGAAUAUCUUGUCUGAAUGCGCCGCAUGGCGUCCGGCCCGCUCGUGAAUGCAUUGUUUGCAGUUUAUUGACUGGGAACAAUGAGCUCUCCGUACGCAAAUCGUGUGGUCCAAUAAGAGCUAACGCGUCGGUUUGGCAUGCCAACGUUUCUAAAAGCCUCGCUCAACGCACCACACUCGUUCAGUAGCUCACGAUCACUCGAGCUAAAGGGCGACCGCUGGUAGAAGCUUUUCUUGGCCGAAUUGAUUUUUACAGCAUUCUUCCGUACUCAUCGCAAUCGAUCGAAGAAGCAAAGCCGGGCAGCCUGUGUGCCGUUUGAUCUCGCUUAAAGAUGGAUAGAGAUAUAACUACUUACGGCGCAUACAUCCAUACAUCCUCAAGCUCCAUCACAACCCCUACAUCACAGUUUGAAGGCAUUAACAACUAUCAAUCGGCACCUCCGUUGCGGCAUCUUCCAAUCCCGCCCGAGCACAGUCUGCAGUGCAACACGAACACUACUAGCAAUAAUAACGGGACUGUGGUAAACUCUGCCCUAACCUAUAGUCCGAAUGCUACGCAUAACUCGUAUUUCGCCGCGAUUCCCAGUCCGAAUUACCAAGCGCCUUCGCCAGUCAACAGUUACCACAAUCAAAACCUUGAUCCGAUUCCUUUACCGGCCUCGAAUACAACUCAGACUCAAACAUCGAGUAAGAAUGCAAUCCAAACAGCGACGGCUGAGAAGAAGAGGUGGAACACAGCAGAUUUUCGUUGGAUGUUCACGAAAAGAAAUGGUUCCAUAGGUAACGUGAAUUCAAAACCCGCCAAAGCAAGCGAACCAACGGAAACUAAAGAGGAUCCAGACAGCCACAAACGGCGUUUUACCUUCACGCAGAAGCAAUUGGUCGAACUUGAGAAAGAGUUCCACUUUAACAAGUACCUGACGAGGGCACGGAGGCUGGAAAUUUCCAACGAUCUUAAGUUAACUGAAAAUCAGAUUAAGAUUUGGUUUCAGAACCGACGCAUGAAAUGGAAGCGAGGCAUGAAAGAGAGCAUUCAGAAGACGAAGACGGGAAAAUAUCACAAACAAAUCACGGCAAACUUACAGGACUCCAUCGUUAUGAAACGUCACGUUUCUAAUGACAUUGCUAUGUUCCAACAGCACUCGAACUGUCGUUCAAAUUUCAUGCCUUAUUGAGUCGAGAUCAAACGAUAAAUUGAAUUGACUUGCAUGUACAUUCCUAUCUCCUAUUAUAAUUUAGAUUGUC